ACUGAGGGAAAGCAGGUCUGCUGCACUUUCUGGCCGGACCUUGACUCCUCGUUCCCAGGAUGAAGACCCAGAUCUCCCAUCUUCUGAAAGCUGUUUUCAUUUUAAUUGGCAUGCAAGGGGGUGUCCGUAUGGAAGAAUGUAUCUUCGAGAAGCUGGAGGGUGAGGACGGCAUGUUUUGCAGGAGGGAUCUAAAAGUUGUGUAUCCAGAACUGGGAGAUGUUGGCUGUAUGUAUAUUCCCGAGUGUAACCAGUACCGUAAGCGGAUCAGCAAGGAAUGGAGCAGCCCCGUUGUCCUCUUCCAAGAAGCAGAUGCGAGUAAGAGAUACAUUCUCAUCAUGGUGGAUCCGGACGCCCCUAGCCGAGCGGACCCAAAGUUCCGUUUCUGGAGACAUUGGACUGUGGUCGACAUCCGAGGUGCUGAUCUGAAGAAUGGCAAGCUGAAAGGCCGCGUGUUAUCAGAUUACCGCCGACCCACCCCGCCAUAUCAAAGUGGUUUCCACCGCUAUCAGUUUCUCCUUUAUGAACAACCAUCUUUUGAAGCCAUAUCCUUGAGUCCAGAAGAAAAUCAGUCUACAGGUUCUUGGAAGAUGGAGAAUUUUCUGAACCGGUUUCAACUUGGAAUGCCAGUGGCUUCAACCCAAUUUCUCACGAAGGAUUACAAGGACUAGCGGCAGGGAAAGUGAUGUUCUCCCUUUGGCUUGCAUUUUCCCCUUUGGUGCGCAAAAAUGAAUCAUCUGUCCAUGAUUGGAACCAGGCCGUUGAUCUAUCUUAAGUCUACUUUCCAGUUCUGAUGGCGAUGCAAAGGUGCAAUUGAGUCAUAUAAUCCUUUCUUCCAGCUUGAUAACUCAGUGCCUUCUUCAGCGGGCUGGGCCUGUGGGACCUCCAUGAACAAAUAAGUUGGAUUCUUUUCCUAUGUGUUUGUAUGCAAUGGCAAUAACAUAUUACUCCACAUAGAUACAUUUGCAACCAGCCUAUGAUUGUCACAACACAGGUAUAUCCGGCCCGUUCCAGUUAGGAUUUCUGGGGGAAAGAUCUUCUCUGGGAAUGUAACCAUGCAAAUUUCCCACUAAGCCAAUUUGUGUGAUUUGUGUUAAAAAAAAACACACACACACACACAGCUUGGAACUCAGAGAAGCUAAUUCCAUCUGUUCCUCUUUUAGUUAAACAGUGCUAAUCAGUCUUGUUAAGGCUGAUUCUUUGGUCAAAGAGGCAUUAAUAAAGAAUCCUCUUACGUGGUCCUGGAAAUAUUAUGGCCGGGGAAGAAAGUGGUCUUUAUCUCUUUCCAGGCACUUGAAUCCAUACUAUUCUGACCUGGGUUUAAGUUGCUUCGCCAUAUAUUUUUCCCUCCUUUGCAACAUUGCUCCUACUUUCAAAGUACUCAGAGUUGACCAGACGUAUACCCAAGGUACUUCUUGCUUUCAAUAUCCCAAUAGUCACCUAUUUUGGUUCGGUUUCUAAUGCUUCUCUGCAGAAUAUCGCUUCUAACCCGAGCCUAUUGUAGCAUUGUGGUGGGUUCUCCCUGUUGAUGCUCUUACAAAGGCCUACUUCUCACUGAUGCAAUUGCAAUGAAAGCAGAGCCGCAUUUCACUUUG